CAGCUGCGCGCCUCGAAAACAUUGAACAUACAGCUCCGUUCCUCUCCUCCUCCCAUCCCCUCCUCCUCCCGCUCCGCCCCGGUUGAUGCAUGCCACAUGGACGACUGACGCCGCUCGGCAAGCAGCUGCGCUCUGUGCUUGUCAACUUGUCUUCACUCCGCACGCCGCCCGCCCGCCGCCCAACACCACUUGACUUUCAAGCUCUGCGCGCAGGAGCUCACCAUGGCAUUAAUACCUCAGCCCUCGGUGGUCCCCCGGUUUUUGGACCGCGAUCGAUCGUAACGGCUGCUGCUCCUCAAGAUGGAUGCCGAAACGAGGUCUUCAUAGCACCAAGAGCGCGCAAGUCCAAACCCAGCGCUCGAGUAGUGCGUCGCCGGACACGCAUCGACCAUGUUGGCAAUGCAUUGGAGGCAACGGGAAAAGUAUUGCAAAGCCGUCGUCCGUCAAACAAGCCUGAUUUGACCUAUCACCAUCCCAGGAGGGUCGAAGGCUACGAUCAAGCUAUCGAAAAUCGCAAAAGGCACGCGAGGAAAGAUGGGCCCAAUGCUCCGUAUCUCACUGCCGUUUCGCUUCAGAGCAUCUUGGCCGCGUAUUUGAGACAUGAGGCCAAUCAAUCGGAGCGCUUGACUGCGGACUGGGAAGCUGUAUAUCGGCCAUCACCUCAGGAAGCGCAGCUCUUGGGCUCUCAAGGCUACGCCAUCGAGGACGUCGCCGCAUGGGCGAACAUCGUUGCCGCAGACGACACUGUUGAGGCUGCAAAGAGGCUGCAAGCCCGCAAUGAGACUCAUGGUGUGCUUGCCACUCCCUUGUUCGUUUUUCUGAAGCUCCUGCAUAGGCCCUACGUCUCUGGCCCCGCGCUGCGCCUUCUACUCCUUCUGACCUGGUCCAUAUUCACGCAGCGCGCUGAUAUCCUUUCCAAUCCCGGCGUGGACAGCGAGCCGCGCUUCACUGCAGUCGUGCGCCUGCUUCGUCAUGCGCGAGAGGUCUGGCCAGCGUGCAUACCCAGCAUCGUGCAGUUCGUGCUUGAGGAGCCGAUCAUCCACAGGGAAGAAGCCGACUCUUCGCCGAAUGAGAAGUUGGCUGCAAAGACUUUCAAGCUGAACAAGCUCAUGAGUCUCGUGUCGCUAGUGUUGGCUGAGCAGCCGAAGAAAGACAGCGAUUAUCAAGAGGCGUCAGUGAUACCAAUACUGCGAUACAUGUCGGAGCACCAGCCACCGUUGCACAUCAAUCGCGAAGGCUACCGAGCUGUUGUGCGCAUCCAGCUGGCGCAGCGGAAGACCUUCAAUGAGCAACAAUGGGCAGAGUUGAAGGCACUUUCGUGGCCCCCGUGGAAGGAAGACCGCACGGGGAUGGACGUAUUGAUCACGAAAGAAGAGCAUGGGAUUUCGAGGGCUGGUCAGACGCUGCUGCGUAUGCGUGAGGCCGGCUAUGCUCCUGGCCGCUGGGAGCAAUUGGCUGGUAUUUACACGGGCUGGGAUAUUGAUAACACUCCAACUAUACAGACACGAGUCUUCCUGGAACAGCCUGGUCUGCACAUUUCCGAUCACAUACCAUCCACAACCGCCGAAUCGCUGCGUUGGGCAGCACGAAUCACAUGCACUCGCACCAUUCAGGAAGCUUGGGCAUGCUAUUUGGCGUGGGAGGAGAAGCGGUUACCAGCUUGUCAAGAUGUCUUCUUGGCCAUCGCCAUCAAGCUGCGCGAGGAGCAGAGGCGGCCGCAUGUUGAGUCCAGAGCGACACGAUCUCCAAGUCUCAAGUCGUGGCCACUCUCCCCCGGCGACAUGAAGGAGCUGUCUCCCCUGCCACCUUCGACACAUCUCGAAACUUAUACGCGUACCCGGCCUCCUACUCUGGACAACUUCUAUCUUGAGCUGCGGAAACGAAAGAUUGCUGUCAAGAACCACGCCCUGGCAUUCUUUGUCCGUCACGCACGUACCCUUCAAUUCGGCCUAGAAGUGCUCAACGACGCCAUUGCGGUAUAUCCUGGCAUCAAGGACAUGCUUGCGCAUCGACCCUCAGACGCGCUGCAAGACGUGCCUAUGGCAGUCUACGUGGCUGCUAUCGUGCUGUUCACGCGUACGACCAAGACACCUCAGUUCUCCGACGAAGUUUCGCUGGCUACAGCUCGCAGUCUUGCCGACACUGUUCUGUCCGGCGAUUCCUACGAUGCCUACGAGCUGAACUAUAAGAGUGGCAUUGUCCGUGCCGCCCAGCUCUUGCGUCUCCGGCCAGACCGUGAUCAGACCGCUUGGAAUGCGGUGUAUUCCGGUUUGUGGCGUGAGGCCAACGUCGCUCAUUUUGCAAAACUCGUUGUUCCGCGAGAUGAAGCUACAGCCCAGCUCCCUGAUGAGUGGCAUCAUCCUGAAGUUGAUCUUCGCUCUUGUGCCGGCGCCUUCCUCGCAUAUCGCUUCUGGUGGUCUGUGAGCAGACUACAGGCACAACAAGGCAUUGAUCUAGAUGCUGCUGGCUUCUACAGUUUCUGCCACGUGGCGGAGAACAGGGCGAUUGCGACCUGGCUAGUCCUACAAUUGAGUGAGGCCAAACAGUCGGACGAAGAGAAUCGUCGCGGAGCCGAAAUGAUCGAUAAAAUGGCAUACACCGCCAGAGAAGCGUUCCAUGGCCGAAGUGAUCACCGGUUGCGUAGAAGCCCUCACAAGCUGUUCCACCGACUGGUCGGCGCCGCCGCCGACCGCAAGGAAUGUAAGCACGGCCUACCACGUCUGCUCACAGUCCCGAGCCCAGGUCUGCUACACGCUUAUGUACGUGCCAUCGGAUGGCUGGCUCGGUAUGAUGACAUUCUCGAUCUUGCGCAAUGGAUGAAGGAUUACCAUGAAGACUUACUGGAGCGUAAAUCGCAAGAUCGCAAUGGCCACGCCAUGAUGCGGCGAACAAUUGUGGCGAUGCGAGUAUUUCUGGAGAGAAGUUGGCUGCCGCGGGAGCAAAAUAGCAAGACAGUCAACGCUGGCUUUGAGCGCGAGAAGGAGAUCCGAACUUUCGUUUCACCCGCGAAGGCGGGACUCAUUGAUGACGUCAAGGCUCUGAUUGAGGAGGUCGAAGAGUGGGAAGGCUGGCCAACGGAUGAGGAAGUCGCGGUCUACGCGAGUGACAAGAGAUUCAAGCCUUUUGCUGAGUAUGAAUGUAAGAGAAUGGUGAGGCAGGUACGAUAUGUUCCUCCGACAGCUGAAUCGUAAGAUUGAAGGGACGCUCGUUGCAGUCUUUUCCGAAACCGUUUCCGGGAAUGCGCGGGAAGGCGCAUUCGCAUUGAUCUUGUUCGAAAUUCUCGUUGAUUUCUCCGUAUCGCAAUUCCCACGUUGCUGAUCCGGCCGUGUCAGCUGCUUAUAUAAAGCUCUGUUUAGUCAGAGGUCGGCUAGUGCUUUAGUCCUUGGCUUGGCUACGAUACUCCUAUAUUACGAGACUUGGCAUAUCUGAGUUUCGUUUUCCUUGCGUGAAGAGCUGACAAUGACGUGCAAACAUGCACCCAUCAACUCAGGUCGCCAGCCUUCAUCUACCUCUAUCGAUCGUCUUAACAUCCGCUACAUUCUCUUUUGACACUCAUCAAAAUCGUCUGCUGCAUUGGCUUGGCCUGAACGCUCUGGACCUUCAUUCCGGCACGAUCCGGCUAAUCCCUUGUCACAACAC